AUGAAACCGAAAGAUGUCACUGCUGCUCAUGAGAAUUACCUCUUACGUCAUGUCUAUGGAAAACUCAAAGCACCUCGCACAAAGAGAAUCAAAUUCAAGGUUGGAGAUAAGGUGCGCGUCAGCAAGUACAAGAAUGUUUUCGAGAAAGGUUAUACACCCAACUGGACAACUGAGAUAUUUACGAUUAGUGAAGUGGUAAAUACUAAUCCUGUGACCUACAAACUCAUCGACUAUGAGGAUGAACCAAUUGAGGGUGGAUUCUACCAGGAGGAGUUGACGAAAGUCACACACCCUGACGUCUACCUCGUGGAUAAGAUACUUCGAAGACGUGGGAACGAAGUCUUUGUCAAGUGGCUUGGUUUCGAUGAUUCCCAUAAUACUUGGAUAAAUAAGAAUGAAUUAUAA